AUGGAGGGGGAGGAGGACGGGGCGGGGCGGGUCAGGGAGCUGCAGGAGCAGAGGAUGGCGGUCCAGAAGAAAACCUUCACCAAGUGGAUGAACAGCGUUUUCUCCAAGAACGGGGAGAGCGUGGAGCUGACUGACGUCUACACGGAGCUGAAGACCGGCGUCCUUCUGAUCCGUCUUCUGGAGCUCAUCUCCAGAGAGACGCUGCCUCCGCCCAGCCGACGUAAACUGAGAGUCCACUGUCUGGAGAACAACAGCAUCGCCAUCAACUUCCUCAAAACCAAGAUUCGGGUGGAUCUGAUUGGUCCAGAGAAUGUGGUGGACGGGGACCGGACGCUGAUCCUGGGGCUGCUGUGGAUCAUCAUCCUCAGGUUCCAGAUCGGACCAAUUAACCUGGACGAGGCGGGGGGUGGAGGCAGUGUGGCUCAUCGCUCGGCGAAGGAGGCUCUGCUGAUCUGGUGUCAGAGGAAAACGUCGGGCUACGACGGCGUCAACGUGCAGGACUUCUCCUCCAGCUGGAGGGACGGACUCGCCUUCAACGCCCUCAUCCAUGCCCACCGGCCUGACCUUUUUGAGUACCGCCGUCUCCAUGGCGACGACCCCCGCCGUAACCUGGAGCAUGCCUUCUCUCUGGCGGAGCGGGAGUUUGGGAUCAUGCAGCUGCUGGAGGUGGAGGACAUGGUGGUUCCUCAUCCGGACGAGAAGUCCAUCAUGACCUAUGUGUCCCUGUACUACCACUACUUCUCCAAGAUGAAGCAGGGACAGACCAUCCAGAAGAGACUUGCCAAGAUUGUUGGGAUGCUGAUGGAGCUGGAUGACAUGAAAGUCCAGUAUGAGAGAAUGGUCUCCGAUCUGCUACAGUGGAUCAAAGCCAAGGUGGUGCAGCUGAAUGACAGGAGAUUCCCAAACUCUCUGAGGGAGAUGCAGACACUGAUGACGGCCUUCAAGACCUACAGAACGGUGGAGAAACCUCCUAAAUACCAGGAGCGAGGGACGAUUGAAGCUCAUCUGUUCAAUUUGAAGACUCAGCUGGCAGCCAACAACCAGUGGGCUUAUAAUCCUCCAGAAGGUAAGACCCUGAGUGACAUAGAGAGGAGUUGGGUUUUGCUGGAGAGAGCUGAGCAUGAGCGAGAACGAGCCCUGCAGGAGGCGCUGCUCCGUCUCGAGAACCUGGAGCAGCUCGCCCAGAAGUUUGGGAGGAAGGCAGCUCUGAGGGAGGGGUAUCUGGAGGACACGCUUCGUCUGAUCCGGAGGCAAGACAUCCGAGGUCUGUCCACCCUGGAGGAGGCUCAGGCAGCCGGCCGGCGUCUGGAGGCCCUCGCCACCGACGUCCUGGCCAGAGAGCUGCGUUUCACCGCCCUGAGAGACAUGGCCAAGACCAUCGAGAGAGGAAACUACCACAGCAAGGAGCAGAUCAUCAGGCGGGAGGAGAGCAUUAGUCAUCGAUGGAAGGACCUGUUGCAGCAGCUGCAGGAGCAGAGGGGGCUGCUGGGAAAUAUAGCUGAAACUUUCAGUGUCCUGCGAGACAUCGACCUCGUCUCCCAGGAGCUGAGAGAACUACAGUCCCAGGCCAGUUCCUCUGAGCUGGGGAAGCAGCUGGCAGAGGUGGAGUCUCUCCUUCAGAAGCAGGAUCUCCUGGAGGCUCAGAUCUCAGCUCACGGUGAAACCAUCACCGCCCUCAGCAGCACAGCUCUGAAGGGAAAAGUGAGAGGUGGUCAGCAGAUUCAGAGCAGAGUGAGAGCUCUCGACACUCAGUACAAGUCUCUGGUGUCGCUCAGCAGCAGCAGGAGGAGCCAGUUGGAGGCUCAGUUGAGGCUGUUUGAGUUCUUCUAUGACUGUGAGGAGUCGGAGGCCUGGCUGUACGAACGCUGGUUGAGGCUGCAGACGGCCGGACUCGGACGAGACCUCAACCACAUCCAGCUGGCCCAACACAAACACAAGGUACUGGAGGCGGAGAUCCAGGCUCAGGAGUCUCUCUACCAGGGAGUUCUGGGUCGAGGUCAGGAUCAGCUGUCCAAACAGAGUCAGGUCAACCAGCGAGCCAUCCAGAAGUGGAUCAGGACUUUAAAGAAGCAGUGGAGCCACCUGACCGACGAGGUGACGGGACGCCGCAACAGACUGCAGGCUGCCGCUACCAUCAAACAGUAUUUUGCAGAUGUGGCAGAGGCCGUCUCCUGGUUGGGUGACAGGAAACCGCUACUGACCAGUGAGGACCAUGGGAAGGAUGAGUCGAGCACAGCGGCGCUGCUGCAGCGCCACCUGCGGUUGGAGAAGGAGAUGGCGGCCUAUGCCUCAGAGAUAAAGAGACUGUCAGAGCAAGCGAAGAGCGCAGCACAGCUAACAGCUCUGACUGCGGAGCCUCUGCAGAGUAAAAUGAUCCAAUACAGCGACUCAUCUGGAGAGGAGGAGGGGCCAUCGUCACCUGGCGCAAAGGGUGGGAGGGGCUCUGAGAGUGAGCAGAGCAAGGCCAAGGUCCGCUUCAGAUACAGCAGAGGCCAGAUUCCAUGGGAUCGUAAUGAGAUUGUAACCAUCGUCAGCAUGGAACCAGAUGGAGACCGAGUUCUAGCCAGAGACAGCCAAGGAAACCAGCAGCUCAUUCCCAAAACCUACUUGACCCUGCUCCCAGCCACUGUACAAUCAACCGCUCCCCCCACCCCGCCUGUCUCCACCCAUGGCGUGCCAGAAAGCCAGAGCGGGAAGCUGAGUCGUCCGCGGCGAAGUCGCUCGAUGCGUCGCAACACGUCUGAGAUCCAAACAACAUGGAUUCCGGACCCGCAGUACCAGAGGGACACUGUGGAAAGCACGCAGACUGGACUGGACCAGGACUACAACUCCCUGUACAACCUGGUCAAGUCGAAGAUGAGAAGUCUGGAGGAGAAGCUGCGUCUGCAUCGAUUCUACAACAGCUGCCAGGAGUUUGAGUCCUGGAUGGAGGAUAAGGAGAAAAUCUUGAACACCUUCAGCACAGACGCUGACAACCUGGGAGUGGUGCAGGCCAAAUAUGAGAACUUCCUGACUGAUUUGGUGAGCGGGCGUGGCCAGUUGGACGACAUCAUCAAAAUGGCCGAGGAGUUGGUUCGCAGUCGGCACAGUAAACAGAGAGAGAUCCAGGCCAGGCAGAGGACGGUUUCCAACAGGUGGGAUCGGAUCCAGCAGCUGAAGGAUGAGAAGGGACACGCGCUGCUGAGUACGGCAGACGUGCAGUCCUUUCUGCAGAGCUGCGAGGAGGCCAAAGCUCAGCUGCAGGGUCAGCUGUCCCAGCUCGACACCGUGGACAUGGGCUGCAGCUCCUUUACCCUGCUGGCCGAGGAGAAGAACCAGGCUCAGGCCCUCAGAGACAUCCAGACCCUGGAGGGGAAGAUCGCGUACCUGAAGAGCGUCGCCAAGAUGAAGCAGGACUGCAGUCCGGCAGAGAGUGCAGCCAUCAUGGAGGAAGUUCGGGGCCUGGAGGCGCUGCUGAAACAGGUGAAGCAUCAGGCUGCAGACAGACAGAGCCUCCUGGAGGAGGCUCGCAGGCUGCAGAGCUUCCAGCAGCAGGCCAAAGAGCUGCAGCGCUGGGGGGGUUUGGUGCAGGAGCGUCUCCUGCAGGAGGAGACAGCCGCAGAUGUGGCCUCGGCCGUCGCCCUGCUGGAACAACACCAGGAGCUCCGGCUGGAGAUGGAGGAGCAGAGGAGCAGGCUGAAGGAGAUCGAGAAGUUGGGGAAAUCUCUUCAGCAGGGCUCUUCUAACAGGAAGACCGGUGGCGUCGACAUCCAGCAAACCCUGAGCAAUCUCACCGCGGAGUUGUCCAAGCUCGACAGGUUGUGGACCAGCAGGAAGCAGCGUUUGGAGCAGGGGGUGGAGCUCCAGAGGCUGAACCAGGAAGGAGACCGGAUUGAGGCGACGCUGUCCGGACACGAAGCCCGACUGAAGGUCAAAGACGCUGGGGACUCAGUGGACAGUGUCCACAGUCUGCUGGGUCGACAGGAGGAGCUGGAAGGUCUCCUGAAGGCUCUGGAUCAACGAGUUGAUCAUUUCAGCGAGCGCAGUCUGGAGCUCAUCAACCAACAACAUUAUGCUGCAAAACACAUCGAGGAGAGGAGCAGGAGCAUCCAGAGGGCCAACGGGAGGCUGAAAGACAGCAGCAGGCAGAGGAAGAGUCUGCUGCUGGCCUCUAAGAAAUACCAGGAGUUUCAGAGGGAUGCGGACGAGCUGCUGCUGUGGAUGGAGGAGAAGUUUAAGGUGGCUGAGGACGAGUCGUACCGCGACCCCACCAACAUCCUCCGAAAGCUGAAGAGACACGAGGCAGCUGAGGGGGAGAUGAAGGCCAACCAGGUCUGGUUGGACAGACUGGUUCAGCUGGGACAGGAGAUGCUUGCUGAAGAGCACUACAACAGUCAGAGCAUCAGCAGGAAGUCUACUCAGCUCAGCAGCCGGUGGAGGAGACUACAGGACAAGAUGGCCGACAGAGGAGACAAACUGAGACAAGCGGGACAGCAGGAGCAGCUGAUGGAGCUGCUGCAGGACGCCAAACUGAAGAUUGAAGCCAUCCAGUGGAUGCUGAACAGUGCCGCCAAAGGUCAUGACCUGCGCUCCAGUCGACAGCUGCUGAAGGAGCAUCAGCAGCUGGAGCAGGAGGCCAAAGAGCUGGCGGAGAAGAUCAACUCCAUCGUCAGCAGGGCCAAACACCUCGCCUCCAACCACUUUGACUCUCACAGGAUCCUCCAGGAGACUGACACUUACCUCACUCUGUUCAAAUCCCUCCAGAAGCCUCUGGACCAGCGUCGAGCUCAGCUGGAGGCGUCGGUGCUGUUAUUUGGGUUUUAUCAUGAUGUGGACUUGGAGCUCAGCUGGAUCUCUGAACACCUUCCUGCCCCUGGAUCCACAGGAUACGACAAGUCCCUGGCUGGAGCCAUCAGCCUCAUGCAGAAACAAAAGGAGUUACAGGCUGAAGUGAACGCCCACCGAAAACACCUGAACCAUGUCCUGGAGAAGGGCCGGAGCCUGGCCAAAUCCAGCCAAUCAGACGGAGAUGAAGUGCUUCAGAGGUGCAUCCGGCUGAGUGCAGAGUGGGAGGAGCUUGAGGAGGCCUGCAACAGGAGAGUAGCCCACCUGAGCAAGGCCAUCACCAGAGAACAGCUGCUGUUGGACUGCUCAGAGCUGGAGUCCAGGAUCACUGAGACGCUCAAUCUGGUGAACACCAAUGACUAUGGCAAAGACCAACUGGCCACACGGAGUCUCAUCACCAAAAACCAGGUGUUGGAGGGUCAGCUGGAGGUGCUGGAGGUGGAGGUGGAGGAGCUGGGAGACCAGGUGGAGCAGGCGGUUCAGAACUGGAGUAUGGAGGAGCUCAGCAGACCCUACAGCCACGUCAGCAGCCUGAACCAGCAGCUGCAGCACCAGGCCGCUCUCAGGGGUCAGAGGCUAAAGGAAGUCCUCCAUCUCCAUGAGUUCAGACGAGAAUCUUCAGAGUUGGAGGACUGGAUGAACCAGCAGAGGCAGACGGCAGAGUCUCAGGACCUGGGCAACGACUACCAACAUGUUCAGUUGCUUCGUGGGAAGUUUGAGGGUUUCCUGAAGCAGCUGGAGGUCGGAGAGGAGCGACUGCAGAGCUGCAGCGACGUGGCUGCUCCACUUAUCCACAACAAACAUCCACAGAGCGCUGCAGUCAGAGAAACACUGCUGGAACUCAGUGCACGCUGGGAGGAUUUGAAGGCUUUGGCCAGAGAGCGUCAGGAUCAGCUGCAGAGAGCCGAGGAAUGUCACCGCUUUUAUCAAGACCUGACUGAUGCACUCACACUCAUCCAGGAGCGACAGAAAAGCAUCCCUGACGAGGUGGCGAAGGAUUUACGGGGAGUGACGUCACAGCUGAGGAAACACGAGGCUCUGCUCCACGAGCUGGCCGCCACAGAGCAACAGUUGCAGGAGCAGCUGGAUGCCGUCGACCCCAUCCUGGACCUCUGCACACCUGAGUUGAAGCUCCGCCUACAGGACGUGCAGCAGGAAGUGGUGGAGCGGUGGGAGGAGCUACGACGUCACACUGAGCAGAGGGAGGAGGAGCUAAAACUGGCGUGUGAGCGAUACCUGUUCCUUAACACGGUGCAGGACUACCUCCUGUGGUGCAGCCAACUGAUCGGUGUGAUGGCCGCUGAGGAGAGCAUCAGCGACGUGGCCACUGCUGACCUCCAGCUGGCUCAACACCAGCAGCUGUGGGCCGAGAUGGAGGCCAGACAGGAGACCUACCAACAGGCUCUGGACAUGGGAGAAGAGCUGCAGACACAGGACAGGAGCAACAGGAAGGAGGUGUCGGAGAAGCUUGAUGCCCUGCAGGCAGAGCGGGCCAAACUGGAGGAUCAGUGGAACAAGAAACAAAGCUGGUUAGAAACCGUCCACCUGGAGCAGGUCUUCUACAGGGACGUUAACAGCAUGGACAAGACGUCCAGCUCACAGGAGAUCCUGCUGCAGAACAGCAUUCUGGGAAGCGCGGUGGAUGAGACGGAGGGUUUGAUCAAACGUCAUGAAGCUUUUGAGAAGCUGCUCAGCUCACAGGACGACAAGCUGUCCUCUCUGAAGGAGCUGGCUGAGCGGCUGGAGAAGCAGCUGAGCAGAGAGAAGAGUGCACGGGUCAAAACCAAACUCAAAGCCCUCCUCCAGAGACGAGAUAGGAUCAAGGAGCUGUCCGUCAAACGCAGGGAGGAGCUAGAGCUUUCCAGGAUGCUGUGUAUCUUCAACCGAGAUGUUGCCCAGGCUGAGGAGUGGGUUUCUGAACGAAUGCAAAAGAUGUCGGAGGACGGUAAAGCCGACCUCAGCAAUCUGCAGACUAAGAUGAAGCUCCUCCAGAAACAUCAGGUGUUUGAGGCCGAGAUCCUGGCUCACAGCGAGAUCAUCAGCUCUGUGCUUCUGGCCGGGGAGGAGCUGGUCUCCCUUCAUCGCCCGAGGUCCAGGGAGGUGAAGAGGAGCGCAGCCACCCUGCAGCUCCACUGGGAGGAGCUGAAGAAGGCUGUGGCCACCCGAGGGAAAGCUCUGGAGGAUAACAGAGACUUCCUUGAGUUCCUGCAGAAGGUUGAGGAGGUGGAGGCCUGGAUCAGACACAAGGAGGUGAUGAUUAAUGUGGGAGAUGUUGGAAAGGACUAUGAACAUGGAGUUCUGCUGCUGAAGAAACUCAGCGAGUUCAGGGGAAGUGGAGAUAGGGAACUGACAGUGGACGACGCUCACAUCACAGCCAUCAACAGACUGGCAGCCAGACUGGAGAAGAGACAGCGCGCUGAGGAACUGGUGACUGUCAGAAAGAGGAGACAACAACUCAACGACAGGUGGAGUAAGUUUCACGGAGAUCUGCACACUUACAAGAAGAAGCUGGAGGGGGCGCUUGUGAUCCACGCCCUCAUCAGAGAGCUGGAGGAGGUCAGGGACAGAGCCAACGAGAAGAUGCUGCUGCUGCAGGGUCAGGAUUGUGGUUUUGAUGUGGAGAGCGUAGAGAACCUGCUCAGACGCCACGAGGAAACGGAGAGAGAGGCCGGGGUCAUCCAGGAGAGGUCAAAGGCUCUGGAGAAGGAGGUGUCAGAUCACUUGAGGGCUCGGUCAGCGAUGAGCGACAAGCUGAAGAACAUACAGAAGGACGUCCAGAAGGCUCUGAAGACUCUGGACAAAGAGUCCAAACACAGGAACGAGAAGCUGCAGGAAGCUCACCAACUACAGCUGUUCAAAGCUAACCAGCGCCUCCUGCUGGAGUGGAGUGUCAAACAGAGCGGUGAGAUGGCAGAGAAAGGUCUCCCCAAGACCAGAGCUGAGGUGGACUGGCUCACCAUGGAGCAUCAGGACUGGAAGACAGAGAUCGGCGCACGUGCUGAGCGCAUCGACUCUGUUCGGGACUUCGGUCUCGGUCUGAUCCGCUCCGGGCACAGUUCGAAGGCAGAGAUCCAGAGGGCUCUGAACCAGCUGGAGGAAGCCAGAGCCGGACUGGACCGAGCCUGGCUGAGCCGCAACAUGACGCUGGAGCAGGCCCGAACCCUGCAGGUCUUCCUGGCCUCUGUGGAGCAGUGUGAGAGCUGGCUCAACAACAAGGAGGCUUUCCUGUCCAAUCAGGACCUCGGGAGCUCAGUGGCAGAGGUGGAGACUCUGCAGAGGAAACAGAUUCAGUUUGAGGAGGCUCUGGAGGCUCAGGUGGACCAGCUGGACCAGGUGGAGAAACUGGCCCAGAACAUGAUCCAACAGAAGCACUACGACUCCAACAACAUCAGAGCCAAGAGCAAAGCGCUCGCUGCCAGGCGGAGUCAGCUGCAGCAGCAGAGCAGAUCUCGCCACAAAGAUCUGGAUCGAUCGUUGCAGCUGCAGCAGUUCUUAUCCAGUAGCUACCAGGUGUGUGUGUGGCUGAACGAGCGUAACGCUGUGGCGUUGGAUGAGAGCUGGAGGGAACCAACCAACCUUCAGGCUAAACUGCUGAAACAUCAGAGCUUCGAGGCCGAGGUCCUCGCCAUCCGCUACAGAGUGGACACACUCACCAAGGAAGGGGAGAAGCUGCUGUCAGAAUCCGGGUCUGCUGACGUGAAAGUUCGACCUCGCCUCAGAGAGCUGACAGACAGCUGGGACACUCUGAUCCACAACUGUAAGGAGAAGAAAACCAGACUCCAGGAGGCCUACCAGGCGCUGCAGUUCCAGCGUUCAUUAGAUGACAUGGAGGACUGCGUUGGCUCAGUGGAGAGGGAACUGGCCAAUGAGGACUGUGGAAGCGACCUGCCGUCUGUCAACAGGCUGCUGAAGGCUCUGCAGGGGCUGGAGGAGGAGGUGGACGGACUCCAAGACAGAAUCCAGGGCCUGGUGGAGACGGCGAAGACCUUCCACUCUCAGGGAAACUUCCUGGCUGAGGAGAUCCAGACCAGAGUGGCACACGCCAUCAGCAGGUACAACAGUCUGUCUGAGCCCCUGCAGAGUCGCAGGGAAACCCUGGAGGCCUGGCAGGUUCUGUUCCAGUUCUACCGAGACCUGGAGGAGGAGGUGGCCUGGCUGAGCGACAGGCUGCCCUCCAUCACUGCUAAAGACUGGGGGAGCUCCCUGAGCAGCACCCAGCAGCUGCUCCACAAACACCAGGCUGUGAUGCAGGAGAUCUCGAGCCGCGCCCCACUGGUCCAGGCAGUUCAGGAGGCGGGACAUAGUUUGGUCAGAGCUCGUCACUUUGCCUCUCACGAUAUUCGGGAGCGUCUAGAGGAGCUGAAGAGUCUUCAGGAGGAGCUGAUGAUGGAGGCGGAGAAGAAGAGGAAACUCCUUAAGGAGGCGCUCAGCAUCCACACCUUCCUCUCCCAGGUGUCGGAGCUGGAGCAGUGGUUGGAGGAGCAGCGGGCGGGUUUGGAGUCUCGGGACUGUGGGAGGAGCGAGGAGGCGACGGAGGCUCUGCUGAGGAGGCUGGACUCCGUGGACGUGGAGCUGGAGAACCAGAGGAGAACAGCGGAGAGGCUGCAGGAGAGCGGAGCAUCGCUGCAGCGCCUCGGACAUCCCAACAGCUACCUGGUCAGUGAUUCCCUCCCAGCUGUCCUUGAACGCUUCGAGACUCUCCUCAGACUCUCUGCCUCUCGUCGCGCCGCCCUGGAAGAUCAGCUUCAUCUCUACCUGUUUGAGAGAGAGGCCAAAGAACUGCAGACAUGGCUGACCUCCAAGAAGACCGUGGCAGAGUCCGAGGACUGGGGACAAGAUCUGGAGGACGUAGAGGUUCUUCAGAAGAAACUGGAGGUUCUGGUCUCAGAGGUGUCUGGUCUGGGUCGGAGCAGGCUGACCUCGGUACAGCAGCUCGGCCGAGGGCUGCAGGAGGACGGUCACGCCCGGAGGAGAGACGACGCUCUCAGCAGACUGUGGGACGACCUCAACAGUAGCAUCAGGACCAGAGAACAGAGACUGCAGUCGGCGAGGGAGAUCCAUCAGUUUAAUCACGAUGUGGAUGAGCUGAAGGGCUGGAUGGCUGAGAAGGAGGCUGUGCUGGACUCAGAGGACCAGGACCCCGACCUGCAGUCCAUCCAGACUCUGCUUAGACAACACGAGGCUCUAGAGAAAGACCUGGCGCUGAUCUCUGAGGAACUGACCAGGAGCAGAGAGGAGGGCCGGUCUCUGAGCAGACGGCAACCUCAGUCCAGAUCCUCUGUGGCUCAGAGGCUGCAGGAGCUGGAGGCCUGCUGGACCAGCGUCCAGGACAAGGCCUCCCGACGCAGCGCCAGACUGGGCCAGGCUGAAGAUGUGCAGAAAUACUUAUCUCACUGGACUGAACUCAUGGCCUGGCUGAAGGAAAUGCUGUCUCUGGUGCGAGGGGAGGCGCAGAGCGUGGAGGGCACUGACCUGGAGCAGCUCAUUAAAAAGCACGAUGAGUACCGCGUCCAGAUUGACAGGCAGCUCAGCAAAUCACAGGCUGUGAAAGACGAAGGGAGGCGACUGAUAGAGGAUGGAAACUUCAUGUCCCAAGAGGUGGAGGAGCGUGUCUGUGAGCUGGAGGAGCUGGAGAUGCGGGUGGAGAAGGUUUGGGAGGAAACCAGGCUGCUGUACGAGGAGGAGCUGGAGAUAUCGCUCCUGCAGAGGGAGCUGGAGCAGGCAGAGCGCUGGCUGAGCUCCUAUGAAAACACUCUGACGGCUGAGGACUACGGGGACUCUGUGUCUGACGUUAUGGAGCUCCUGAAGAGGCAGGAGGACUUGGAGGCCAUGAUCCAGGCCCAGGGCGACCGCUUCAUCGCACUACAGAAGAAGAAAACGCAGAGGGAGAAGAGACUUGGUCUCCAUGGAAAUGAGGACAAGGACCUUCAGGACAGGAGAGCCCCAGGCAGAGUCUCAUCCCUGAGGCGUCAACCGUCAGAUCCAAAGACCCCAUGGAUCUCCUCCUCUAGAGACAUAGUCCGCCGAGUCAGCAGUGGCAGGCAGGCGGACCGAACAAUCAGACUGUCCAUCUCUGCUAGUCCCCCUCCAAGCCCGUCUCUGCACCGUGAACCAGAUUCUAGGAGCCGAAUGAUUGCCAACAAGGCUCAAAAAGAAUCGCCUCCUGCUAGUCCAGGCUCCAGCCUGACUGUAAAGCCCUGGAGAAGUCAAACCAGACACUCAAACAUAAUCCCUGACAUUCCCCUGAGAGGAUCAAGUGACUCCUCCUCUCCAAAACAGCCUCAGUCACCUCCACCCUCCUCCCCCAAACCUACCUUAUUCCCUCAAACCUCUGUCUCCUCCUCAUCUAAAGGGCCUCCUGAGGAUGACUGUCGUCCCAGAUCCAAACCUCCUCUGGCUCCAAAGCCUAGAAUCUCUUCCACAGAGCGGACGUUCGGACGCCGCUCUGAGCCCCUGAACCAAUCGGAGAAGCCCCCUACGCCACCUGACUCACCUCCACUAAUCAGACAGCUUGUUGCUUCCGCUGAAACGCCACCUCAACCCGUCGCAGAAAGACAGACUCCCCCUGAAUCACCAACACCUUCAAUGAGAAAAGGACUCAACGUCCUGGAAUCGCCAAUAAGCGAACAGCCUGACCCUCCUGAUUCUCCAGCUCCACCUGCUGAUAAACAGGUUAAGCCACCUGUCUCCCCGGCUGCUGAACCAAUCACAGUGGGGGAUAUAGAUUCACCUGACCCUGCUCCUACAACGAGGGAGCUACCUCCGUCUCCUCUACAGCGGCAAAAGAUGUUAGAAGAUCUACCAGAGGAACAGCUCACAGCUAAGGUAACAGCAGUUCAGCCAAUCAGAAUGGAGGGGAGUCUGGAGAUCAAGCUGAAACAAGCAGGAAACAAGGGUCUGGAGCACUGGGAGGAGGUGUUUGCUGUCCUGGAGGGAGAGACACUCAGUCUGUUUAAAGACCAAGCAGCCGCUGCAGAGAGGACCUCUAGGUGGCCUCCUAUCUGCAUGGUUGGAGCGGUUUGCAGGGAGAACUCCUACUACAGGAGGAAGGAGAACACAUUCAAACUGAUACUGGAGGAUGGCAGUCAGUACCUGUUUGCCGCGUCUAGCAGAGAGCUCCAGCUGCUCUGGGUGAAGAAGCUCCAAAACUGCCCCGAAUCCGCCAGCAGCGACUCUGACGACUCAGGGAGAGCGUCAUCUUUCAACCUGAGUUUGGAGAAGCUGGCCGAGGCCACGGAUGACUCUGCCUCGUCCAAACCUCUCCACAGGGGAGCCGAGAGCCUGGAGAGGCAGUCGUCCGCGGAGGCCCAGCCUCCUCCCAAGCCCCCCCACACCUACUACGACAAACACCGCUACCCCGAGGGGGGGGAGGUCAGUACCACAGGUUUAAAGAGCUGCCAAAACCGGCGUCCUUCAGCACCUCCUCCUGCAUCGCCCGACACCCAGGACCCCACCGCUGUGACCCCCCAGGUAACAGCCGACAACAUGAACAAAGACAAGUCCAGAAGGAGCAUCUUCAGGAAGUUCUUCGUUAAGAAUUAAAGCUUUCUCCGACCGUCACCUGGCAUCUGCGGCGGGGCUUCCUCGUCACCAUUCAGCAUCCCUCAUUCUGGGGAAUGCAAAUGGUGCAGGUGGUACAUCAGCCGACGGCUUCUAGCUUGCGAGAGCGUCUUUUAAAAACGAUAUUAAAUUCAGAAUAAUGAGGUUUUAUCACUAAUGAUACUGAGACAUAUUUUCCAGACAUGAUACUUGAGGAGGGGGGUGUCUUUAAAAAAGCCUUCUCGAAAGCAGAGUAAAAUAAUUUUACUUUUUAAUUUUAAGUGCUUUUAUUAAACAUUGUCACAAAGUGCUUUACACAAAAACAAAUAAAAAGGGUAUCAGCACCUCAAACAAAUACACCAGAACUAGUGCGAAAGAAACACGUGACAGAGGGGAACAGACAAAUGAUGAGGUACUGCAGAUGACUGGCCACCCUCCAAACCUUCGGUACGGUUUCUGACACGGGUCGGAAACCUAAAAAAAAAAAAAAAAACCCCAAAAACUCCGAACUUUUACUUUAACACCGAACAGGCUUCCAGACGUGUUGAAUUCAUUCUACAGAAAAAUAAAUUCUUAGCUCAGAUCCACUCUCCAGCUUCUCGAGAGCUCUCGCUCUUUUGACCACAUGACGGGGCUGAAACCUCCUGGGAGGGCUAGCGAGGGCUUGCUCUCCCUCUGUUGAGGUGAGGUCCCGAGGCAGACGGACUUCAAACUCCGGCCGCCGCGUCUCUGACGACCUGUCUGCACCACCUCUGAUGAGAAUCUGCUCCCGUCUCUCAUCUAAAACCCUCCCUGCCGCUUGCUCAUGGAUAAACGAGUGAGAGCAAAACCAAUUCAAACACGUUUGGCAGAGAUGAUGUGUUUUUGUGAGUUUUAAAAGAUGAACUUUGGUUAAUGAUUCUGUUUUUUUUGUAAAUGAAUUUCAUUUAUUUAUUAAUGAGCAACAAAUCCAAACAUCUUAAGACUCAUCCUCUCCUCCAUUCAGUCGGAUCAAUAAGUGAAUCAUUAAAAAUAAUGAGUCAGAUUAAGACGUGACAGAAAUCAGAAGUUCACGGUCUUAUUCAGUUUGAGAAAUUAAAGUCAAUUCAAGUGUCGGAGUGAGAGUCGUUCAGACAAACUGCCUCCAGUUCACCAAUCACAAACGCCACAAAUAUCCGACCUCACUUCAGUUUAUCUGUCGGUGUUUCUGCGGAUCAGAUGAGGACGAUGGUAUCUAUCUUUGCACUUAUUUUAUUGAUUACUGAUUGUAAAUGUCGUUCAACUACAGAACUUUAUGAACUCAUGCAUUUGAUUGAAUUGCACGGGAUGUUUUAAUAAAGUGUU